UUGAAUUACAAAUAUGGCUACAGUGCACAAAACCAAGCCAGGAUUCUCCUCUCCUCGCAGACCUGUCUAUCAGCAGUCGUCUCAAUUAGCUGUCUUGAAAGGUCUAUUCGCAGGAAGUAUGGGAGGAAUAGCACAAGUUUGCGUCGGAAUGCCAUUCGACACUGUGAAAGUUAGGAUGCAAAACAACUGAUCUAUCAGUCCUCUGUACAAGGGAUAUCUUCAUUGAAUCAGUUCGAUUUUGUACAAGGAAGGCCCACUGGCAUUCUACAAAGGUGCCCUCUCUCCAUUCACUGGGAUUUCAUUCUGUGUCUCACUUCAGUUCGGAGGUUUUGAGCUUAUGAAGAGAGUUGUGAUGCAUCAGCACACCAAGCAAGGAAGAGAGAAUCCUCAGAUACUUAGCAAACCUGAAAUUAUUGCCUGCGGAUCUGUGGCAGGAGUCUUCAAUAGUAUGGCCUCAACCCCUGUAGAACAUAUAAGAAUUAGGAUGCAGCAACAAAAAUAACAAGAAAGGAGAGAAAGGAAAAUUUUCUGGAUCUUACGAUGCUGUCACUCGUAUUUACAGAAAAUAUGGAUUCUCAGGAGUCAUGAAAGGCUAUUGCUCAGCUCUUUGCAGAGACUCGAUAGCUUACGGGGUGUAUUUCGGUACAUACUCAACUCUUAAGUCUAAAAUAAUCGGCGACCAGCCAAACCCGAGCAUCCUUAAGAUCCUUCUUUGCGGAGCCUUGACUGGAGAAGUUUUCUGGAUCACAGUAUACCCAAUUGAUCUUUGUAAGACUAAGAUUCAAUCAGAUCCCUUUAGAGGAGGGAAAUUCACCGGCCUGAUCCCAACAGCUAAGGAGAUCUACCGUCUCGAAGGCUUCAAAGGUUUCUAUAGAGGGUAUAUCACAUGUGUUUGUAGAACUCCAUUCUCUUCUGGAUUUACCUUUGUCACAGUGGAAACAGUCAUGAAAUUAAUAGGACCUCUAGGAGCAACUCUCGAAUAA